GCUGUUUUGUUUCAAUACCUAUUCUAGAGAGAGAGAGAGAGAGAGAGAGAGAAUGGUUUCGAAGGGGCACAAGAGAACAGCCAUGUGCAGAAACCUACGACUUCUUCGUUCAAUCACCAAAUCCCAUGCGCGUCAGAGAGAUUCAGAAUUAUUGGAAGGGUUAAAGAGGAGGCUGGAAAAACUGUGUCAAGCAGUAGUCGCUAAAGAACAUGACAUAAUUGAUUACGAUCCAAUGCCUGUGCUUACAGUUGAAGAAGGGGAGAGGGGUUUUCUGAUUAGAGUGUUGAGCCAAAGGAGUUGCCAUGGAUUGCUAACUUUCAUAUUGGAAGCUUUUGAAGAACUGGGCCUGGAUAUUCUGUCCGCUAGGGUUAAUUGUGUGGAUGGCUUUUGCUUGGAAGCACUCGGAGUCCAAGAGGAUAAUGAUUAUAUGGAUGCACAAGUGGUUCAACAAACUCUGUUCCAGGCUAUUCAGAACUGGAGGCAACUUACCAACCAAUGAUCUAUCUUCUAGCUAGAUCACUAUAGUCCUAGCUUGUGAUAAUUAAUUUUGUAAUCUAAUUUCCAUUUCGCAAUAUAAUUUCCUCGUUUCAGUCGACAACAAUCGUUUUCCAUUUUUAUACAUAGCCCAAUAUUUCAAGUAAUUAAGUUGUAGAAUUAUUUAGCCUUU